CCAAAACAAAACAUUGCUUGUAUUUCUAAAUUCUUUAUUUUAUAAUUAUAAAAAUGAGUUGUGUUUUGUAUGAGACUAAAUUAGCAAACCAUCAAAUAUUUUUAGAUAUUAAGAAUAGUUUGAGUGAAGAAACAAACUAUAAAUUGCGUAAUUUGAUAGAACUGAAAGAUGAAAUUUUGUACGUUUGGAACAGUGUUGAAAGUUGUCUAUUUUGUUUAAAUGUGAAGCAUCUGGACGAAAAUGAAGCUGAAACUCCUUAUCAGAAACUUCACCUGGUCUCCCCGCCAGCAUUCGCCGUGGAGCGGCUGAUGAGCAGCGAGUGCGGGACCCGGCUGUGUCUGUGGGGCUCCCGGGGGGUGACGGUGGUGGAACUGCCGUCGAGGUGGGGCAGAAGUGGACUCUUCGACUCAGGCAACCAGACGGUGCUGUGCAAGAGUUUCAGUCUGGACGAGCGGUUGCUGUACCUGGCGGCGGACAUCCAGCGCGUGCACUGGCACCCCAAGUCCAUGUCGCAUCUGCUGGUCCUCGUCUCUGACAAUACCAUGAGGCUUUACAACAUAGCUCUCAAAGCCGGUCCCAAACUAGUCAGAACGUUCACUGUGGGCCACAAACCGACUGGAGCGCUGGGCAGAACGGUGCUGGAGAGUCUCGGUGAUGCGGCAGUGGACUUCACGGCUACGGUGGACUCCGACCAUCUCCUGAUACUGACGGGCAACGGAGACGUGUAUAUGAUGGCGUGCGAGCAGGAUGAUAAAGGGUCCCUAAACGCUCCUCUCAAAGGACCCCUCUCCAUGUAUCCAUCCGCUGACGACAACUACGGCGCGGAGUCCUGCUCCAUACUGGCUUUGGGCACGCUGGACUCACCAACUCUGGUGGUGAUAGCCAGCGCUGCUGGAGUGCUGUACCACUGUCUACUGCUGCCUGAUGCAUCUGAGGAAGCGGGCGACGGCUACGCUCUGUACGUGGUGGAGUCAGUGGAGUUGAAUAUAGCGCAUACGCAGAACGACAACGAUAUGCAUAAUGUAUACCCCGUCCACUUGUACCGGGGCCCGCGCGGCGCGUACGUGUGUAUGCACGCUAGCGGCGUGCACGCCGUAAAUCUGCCGCUGUUACGUCUGAUAAGGGAGUACGCUGCGGCUAUCGACACUGAAUCGGAUUCGAUACUCUCAGCGAUCAGCCAGCAGCCGAGUUCAGCUCGCCACCUCUUAUGUACGAGCGGCAACAGAGUCACCCCACCUGUGGGGUUAGCGGUCACCCCAGCACCGCUACACACGCUACUCAUACUGUGCAAUAGUGGGGAAAUGUUAUCAAGAACUCUGGAGCCUCAGGAGUUGGAGGAGCAGUUGUACAAGGAAAUGCAGCUGCGGAACCCGGCGCUCGACCAGGACGACAUCAAUAACAUACUGAAGGAGCAACAAAAGCUGUCGUUCACGUCGAUAAUGCAGGAGGUGCUCGCUCGCGAGGCGUCGCAGCCGCUACUCAAGCUGGACAAAAAGGAGGAGCCUGAUCCUAAGGAGUGUUUGGAGGUACUAACGGAGGCGACGGUGCGUCUGCGCGCGGAGUACAUGUCCCGUCAGCGGCGCGCGCUCGACGUCAUCACGCGUAAGGUGGCCGCGUUGCGCGCGCUGGCCAAGCAGCAGGAGGCCUGGCGGGAGGACCUACAGGCAGACAUCACACAAGUGGAACUACAGUCCGCGGUUCUAAAGGAGAAACGAGAUUACGCUGAGAAGUUCCAAGACGACAUGAAGUAUCGUUGUUCAGCAGUGUUCCGCUCGCUGCGUCGCGGCGCCAGCAGCGCGGCGGAGCGGCGCACGCUGUGUGAGCUGCAGGCGCACGCGCGCGCCGCCCGCGACGCGGCCGCCGCCGUGCAACAGCUAAAGGUCAACGCGGCCAGGAAGAGUGAGGAGCUGAAGAGAUGGGAGGAAGAGUACCAGAAGAAGCAGACGGUGCUGGGCCGCUCGCACAGCGACACCAUCUCCUCCAUCCUGCAGCAACAAACUUCUAAAAUAUCCACGCUCAUAGAAGAAACGAAGCUCCUAAAAGAUCAACUGGGGGUAGCGUAGACAUUAUUCAGUAUUAGUUGUUAAAAUAUUAUAAUUUGCUUUCGUUUGUUUGUA